AUGUCUCUCCAGAUCCCCUUGACGCAUCGGUCCAAGGACCAGGGCACAACCAAAGCCAUCAUUCUGGUCGGCGGUCCGUCAAGAGGCACCCGCUUCCGUCCUCUGUCUCUCGACCUCCCCAAGCCCCUCUUCGAAGUCGCUGGUCACCCCAUCAUAUGGCACUGCCUUUCCUCCAUUGCCCGCGUGCCCAACAAGCAUAUCCAAGAAGUAUACAUCAUUGGCUACUACGACGAAUCUGUUUUCCGCGACUUCAUCAAGGACUCGGCCAAGGAGUUCCCUUCCAUCACCAUCCGCUACCUGCGCGAAUAUCAGGCUCUUGGCACCGCUGGCGGAUUAUACCACUUCCGCGAUGCCAUCCUCAAGGGCAAACCAGAACGAAUAUUUGUUCUCAACGCCGACGUGUGCUGCUCGUUUCCCCUGGCCGAGAUGCUCAAGCUAUAUGUGGAAAAGGAUGCCGAGGCAGUCAUUCUCGGUACUCGUGUGAGCGACGAUGCCGCCACCAACUUUGGUUGCAUCGUAUCUGACACGCAUACUCGCCGUGUAUUGCAUUACGUCGAAAAGCCCGAGUCCCAAAUUAGCAAUUUGAUCAACUGUGGUGUAUAUCUCUUCUCCACUGAGGCAAUCUUCCCAUCCAUCAAAUCGGCCAUCAAGCGCCGCCUCGAUCGACCUUCUCGUCUCGUAUCAUACCCUUCCUCGGAUAAUCUCGAAUCGCAUCAUUUUCCACCAGGUGGUGACGACGACGAUGACGAAUCCAGCCGUAAGAACGAAGUAAUUCGACUCGAGCAAGAUAUCCUGAGUGACAUGGCAGACAGCAAGCAGUUCUUUGUCUACGAAACCCAGGAUUUCUGGCGCCAGAUCAAGACGGCAGGAUCUGCUGUGCCCGCCAACGCACUCUAUUUGCAGCAAGCAUGGCAGUCGGAUAACAAGGAACUCACCCAACCUAGUGCAAAAAUUUUGCCUCCUGUCUUCAUACACCCCACCGCACAAGUUCACCCAACUGCCAAGCUCGGUCCCAACGUGAGCAUUGGACCCCGCGUCAUUGUCGGCGCUGGAGCCCGCAUCAAGGAGAGUGUGGUCCUGGAGGACUCCGAGGUCAAGCACGAUGCUUGCAUUUUAUACUCAAUUAUUGGCUGGGGCAGCAGAGUAGGCGCCUGGGCCCGUGUAGAAGGUACACCAACACCAGCGAGCAGCCACUCGACUAGCAUUAUCAAGAACGGCGUCAAGGUUCAGAGUAUCACUAUCCUGGGUAAGGACUGUGUCGUUGGGGAUGAAGUUCGUAUACAGAACUGCAUUUGUCUGCCCUACAAAGAAUUGAAGCGGGAUGUGGCAAAUGAAGUCAUUAUGUGA